GUUGUGAUGUGCAGGUUUUCUGAGUGAUAAGAGAGCUUCUCUUCCUAGCCGCAGUCUAUAGGGCACCGGGAGAGGCUGCUGGAGAUGGACGAGGACGGGUUACCCCUCGUAGGUUCCGGCAUCGAUCUGACUAAGGUUCCAGCCAUACAGCAAAAAAGAACAGUGGCCUUUCUAAACCAGUUUGUGGUUCACACAGUUCAGUUUCUUAACCGAUUUUCUACAGUUUGUGAAGAGAAAUUGUCGGCUCUCUCCCUUCGAAUUCAGCAAAUUGAAACUAUGCUCAAUAUUCUAGAUGCAAAGUUGUCUUCUAUACCGGGGCUAGAAGAUGUCAAGUGUGAUGUAUCCAGUACCAACGUCAACAGUGUCAUGAAUGGCCCCGUACCACAAACCUCAACAGAUCCACAAUCAACAAAUGUUUCACCUCAAUCAGAGCAGGACAGUGUGCAUGAGACAGGACAGCUGAAGUCAGAAGGAACCAGCGAAAACAUCACAACUGUAGCAAAGGAUCCACGCUAUGCCAGAUAUCUCAAAAUGGUUCAAGUGGGUGUCCCUGUAAUGGCAAUAAGAAACAAAAUGAUAUCUGAAGGAUUAAACCCCGAUCUUCUUGAGACGCCGGAUGCUGCAGUGCCUGCCUGGGGAGGCCAGGCAAACGGAGAAGAAAGUUCUGAUAGUGAAUCCUCAUUUAGCGACUAAAACUGCUGAUAAUUCUCCCCCUUCCCUUUUAAAAGCUCCUUGCAAACUAUUUGUAAGUGCUAAUAUACGGAACUUAACGGAAGAGAUCCCUGAUCGUUUGAGCCAUAGGAAGUAUUGUUUUAAGAAACGGUUUCUUUGCACUGGGAUCUUCAUGUUUGUCUUCCACAGAGUUUUGAAUGAAGGCCCAGUCACACCAGAAGUGAGAUUGUUGUGGACGACGUGCUCUUCCUUGUAAUGCAAGGGCCUUGAGUUAAGUCACUGUUCUAAAGAGGUUCAAAGUAAAACUUGAAAUGGCAUUCUUUUAGCCCUGAAGUUUCUUUGGACUUAACCUUUGAGGGGAAAUUCUUUCCCAGUAGCUGUCAGCUGUAUUCUCAUUCAAGGUUCCUCUGAAACUGACACAUGGUUUCCUAUAUUGCAUUUUUAUCUAUCAGUAUUGAGUAAGAAUUCACAGACCAGUUAUAUCAUGGUAAAUAACAAAUACUGUACUUGAUUCAAUAGAGCUGGGAGUAGAAAAGGGACCGUACAAGAGGAGGGGAUAAUAUUGGCUCUUUGAAAUGAACAAACAUCUCUCAUGGUAGCAGGCUAUCGCAUCUUGCUGCUGGAGUGCCAGUGUGUUGGCUCUCUACACUAGACUGAGUGGCCCAGCUAUCUGAGGCCAGCCAAGGAGCACCGGGUUGUCCAUAAACAUGCAGUACACUGUGGGCAAGAGGCAGCCCCUUUCCAUUUCCGCUUACGCCAUAUUUUUCAGUGGGAAGGUUAUAUGGAAACCCUAGUCUCGCAGCACCAAAUGUUGCAGAUUGCUCCAGUGUUAUCCCAGGGGGCAUUUGAUUCUUUGUGCAAAAUGAAGAAGAUAAGUCCAGGUUACUUUGGAGAAUAAAGCCUCAAAUACUUUGUGAAACAAACGUAUUUUCCUAGAAGGUUUGGGUUAAUGCAGUAGCAAGCAUUCCGUUGCUUGUGAUUGAAGGAUGGUACCAAGCUAGAUGGAAAAUGCUUUCCAGUUGCUCAAGUGAAAUGAAGUGAGUUUAUACUGGGUCGCCCGUAGGUGUCCUGGAAAGUGGUUUCGGAAAAGUAACCUCUUACAUAGAUAGGUCUAUUUUUAAAACAGAUGGAUUGCCUUAUAGAGAAACCUAGUAGAAAAUUGGAUUUGUUUUAAGUAAAAUCCAGCCAUCUGAAUCAAAACACAAAACUCUUAUUUGUGUUAAAAUACAUCUCUAUUCAGUCAGUGUGUUUGUCCUGGCAAAGCUGGGCAUGAGACUACUUGGUGAAUUUUGCCCAUGAUUUUGAAUUGUCGAAAGACCACUUUACACAUUAGAGUUUAAGUGUGUUUUCAUGGUAUACAUGCAAGUGAAUGCUGGCUCAUUGGAAUGAGUAUGCUGCUUCAUCCAUCACAUAUGCUCACCCGCGAGCUGUAGUUGGCCGUGGCUUCUCACCAUGUGGCUACAUAGAUACGUUGUAGCCACAUGAACUGAUUGUGUGACAUUAAUCCUGAAUCUAUGAAGUGGUUCUGAACAUUUCUCCCCAAAAGCAGCUGUAACCAAGCUGAUAUUAAUACAUUCCCACUCUGCCAUUUUGAAUUUGCUGCAUAUGUGCUAAUUACGUGUCAUGUGGACAACAAGUGAUGGUGGCUGUUGAAGAUCAGAUUUGAAGCUGACCGAUGAGGGAUGGAGGAUGGAUACUCAUCUUGGUCUAGACAAUUUAAGGCUCCAGUGGUGAAGUAGACUGUCAUGCUACUUUCUGGUUGGAUUAAGUCCUUCCAGUCCGCUCUUUGAAAACAACAGGACAUCAUAAAUACACAAAGUUCAGCCUAUCUUAAAUUUUUUUAACCAACUUGAUUUUCAGCAAAAUGUGCAACUGGUCUGCCAGCAGUAAAUCACUUAAAGAUGUUAAAUGCUCAUUAACGUGCUGCCUAAUAGCAUACAUUGUAUACUGCUGCACUUAAUCCUGUAUGUCAGAGGAAAUGCUUGGAUUUAUAAUUAAAAGUAUG